AUGAAUUUAAAUGCUGAAGGACAAUUAGAAUAUGAAAAAAAUCUACAGAAAUCAUUCAUAUCUAUAUAUCAAAUAAUUGAAGAAACAAAGAAACAUUUAAACAACGAACUCAAGAAUUAUUUACAAAAAUUUAGUACAUUAAAUAUUCAUAUUAAUGAAAAUAUUGAACUAUUAGAUAAUUUUCCAUCAUCUUCAAAAUUUUUUAUUCUAAUCGAUAUAAUAACAUCGUCAGAUUUAAAAACAUAUACGAAAUUACUGCCUUCACUUCUAAAAUUAAUUCGUACUUUUAAUAGUAUUUCAGGUUCAUUAAUUUUUAAUAUAUAUGAAACAUUACGAAGGAUUUCUCAUGAUGAAACUAUUCUUCAAUUAACUAAUAUAUUUUUAUUAGUGGAUCGUGAACUUUGUAUCAUAAAAAAUCAAACAACAAGUAAAUAUAUUAAUCUACAGGGUGUUCCAAAAGUUCGUCAGAACAAAGAAUGCGAAUAA